AUGGGGGGGUUAUUGGACGCGCGCGCUCCGCCGCCGCCGCGGCGAGCAGAGCCCCGCGGCUUCCCCCCUGACAAUGCGUUUCCGGGGACCCCCUGCGCGCCGCAGAAAGGGGCUGCACGCGAGGGGGCCCAGCGCACCCUUUUCUGCGGCGAGGCGCUGCACGGGCCCGUCAAGGAGUGCGAGGAGGACCAGUUCCGGUGCCGGAACGAGCGCUGCAUCCCGUCCGUGUGGAGAUGCGACGAGGACGACGACUGCUCGGACAACAGCGACGAGGACGACUGCCCCAAGAAGACCUGCGCGGACAGCGACUUCACCUGCGCCAACGGCCACUGCGUCCCCGAGCGCUGGAAGUGUGACGGCGAGGAGGAGUGUCCCGACGGCUCCGACGAGUCCGAGGCCACUUGUACCAAGCAGGUGUGCCCGGCAGAGAAGCUGAGCUGUGGACCCACCAGCCACAAGUGCGUGCCUGCGUCGUGGCGCUGCGAUGGGGAGAAGGACUGCGAGAGCGGAGCCGACGAGGCGGGCUGUGCUUCCCCGCUGGGCACCUGCCCUGGUCAUGAGUUUCAAUGCGAAGACGGCACCUGCGUGGCUGCGGUCAAGCGUUGCAAUCAGGAGCUGGACUGUGCUGAUGGCAGUGAUGAAGCUGGCUGCCUGCAGGAGAUCUCCUGUGAGGGUCCCCGCAGAUUUCAGUGUAAGAGUGGCGAGUGCGUGGACGGCGGGAAAGUGUGUGAUACCCAGAGGGACUGCCGAGACUGGUCGGAUGAACCUCAGAAAGAGUGUGGGCUGAACGAGUGCUUGCACAACAACGGGGGCUGCUCCCACAUCUGCACGGACCUCAAGAUCGGCUUUGAGUGCACGUGCCCCGCAGGCUUCCGGCUCUUGGAUCAGAAGACGUGUGGUGACAUCGAUGAGUGCACCGACCCAGACGCCUGCAGCCAGAUCUGCGUCAACUACAAGGGCUUCUUCAAGUGCGAGUGCUACCCUGGCUAUGAGAUGGACGCAUUCACCAAGAACUGCAAGGCCGUCGCUGGCAAGAGCCCCUCGAUCAUCUUUACCAACCGGCACGAGGUGCGCAGGAUUGACCUGGUGAAGCGGGACCACUCGCGCCUCAUCCCCAUGCUCAAGAACGUCGUGGCACUGGACGUCGAGGUGGCCACCAACCGCAUCUACUGGUGUGACCUCUCCUACCGCAAGAUCUACAGUGCCUACAUGGACAAGGCCAGCGACCCGGCAGAACAGGAGGUCCUCAUUGACGAGCAGUUGCACUCCCCGGAGGGCCUGGCGGUGGACUGGGUCCACAAGCACAUCUACUGGACCGACUCGGGCAACAAGACCAUCUCUGUGGCCACAGUGGAUGGUGGCCGCCGCCGCACGCUCUUCAACCAGGACCUGAGCGAGCCCCGGGCUAUCGCCGUGGACCCCCUGCGAGGGUUCAUGUACUGGUCUGACUGGGGGAGCCAGGCCAAGAUCGAGAAGUCUGGCCUCAAUGGUGCGGAGCGGCAGACACUGGUGUCGGACGACAUCGAGUGGCCCAACGGAAUCACGCUGGAUUUGCUGAGCCAGCGCUUGUACUGGGUGGACUCCAAGCUGCACCAGCUGUCUGGCAUCGAUUUCAGCGGGGGCCACAGGAAGAUGCUGAUCUCCUCCACCGACUUCCUGAGCCACCCUUUUGGGAUAGCUGUGUUUGAGGACAGGGUGUUCUGGACAGACCUGGAGAACGAGGCCAUUUUCAGUGCCAACCGGCUGAACGGCCUGGAGAUCUCCGUCCUGGCUGAGAACUUGAACAACCCACAUGACAUCGUCAUCUGCCACGAGCUGAAGCAGCCCAGAGCUGCAGAUGCCUGUGAGCUGAGCGCCCAGCCCAAUGGGGGCUGUGAGUACCUGUGCCUUCCUGCGCCUCAGACCUCAGGCCACUCUCCCAAGUACACAUGCGCCUGCCCAGACACCAUGUGGCUGGGCCCGGACAUGAAGAAAUGCUACCGUGCACCUCCAUCUACCUCAACUACCACGGUAGCCUCUGCCGUGCCGAGGACAGUAGCCGCCACCACGAGAGUCCCUGGGACCACCACCCACAGCCCCACCUACCAGAACCACAGCACAGAGACGUCCAGCCUGGCCACCGCAGUCCCAAGCUCAGCGAGUGUCCCCAGGGCUCCCAGCAUCGGCCUGUCUACUGCAAGCCCUGCCACCAGCAACCACUCACAGCACUAUGGGAAGGAAGCUGGGGAGAUGCGCUCAGCGGUCACUGCUGCCGUCAUUGGCAUCAUCGUGCCCAUGGCGGUGAUAGCCCUGCUGUGCAUGAGUGGCUACCUCAUCUGGAGAAACUGGAAGCGGAAGAACACCAAGAGCAUGAACUUCGACAACCCCGUGUACCGGAAGACCACGGAGGAGGACGACGAGGACGAGCUCCACAUCGGGAGGGCUGCGCAGAUUGGCCACGUGUACCCUGCAGCAAUCAGCAGCUUUGAUCGCCCACUGUGGUCAGAGCCCUGUCUUGGGGAGACCAGAGAACUGGAAGAGCCAGCCCCUGCCCGCAAGGAGCUUUUUGUCUUGCCGGGAGAACCAAGGUCACAGCUGCACCAACUCCCGAAGAACCCUCUUUCCGAGCUGCCUGUCGUCAAGUGCAAGCGAGUGGCUCUGAGCCUUGAAGAUGACGGACUGCCCUGAGGAUGGGACCACUCUCUUCGUGCCUCGUGGAAUUCAGUCCCAUGCACUGUAUUCUCUGGAUGGUGUGGACACCUGGUUUCUGUAUAUGGGCCAGUGUGUGUGUGGGUGUGAGUGGUGUGUGUGUGGGGGUGUGUUUUGGUUUUUUUUAAUUUAUGGUGCGGGAAGGAAACCACAAAGUUAUGAUGAACUGCAAACAUCCAAAGGGUGUGAGAGUUUUUAUAUGUAUAAUGUUUUAUACACUUUUUACCUGGUUGCACUGUCCAUGAGAAGCUCAUGCAAUGGCGCCUGCUGAGUGACUAACCAAUGCACAUAACUACACGGGCCGGUGGCACACUCGCUUACUCGUCGUCUUAAAACUGUACGUGCAGAAGAAGCUUGGUUUCUUGGGAGUUCUUUGUCUUUCGUUUUGUUCUUUUUAGGUUUCUGGGUCGGUUUUUUUUGUACAUAAAAUAAUUAUGCUUUGUGGCUAUCCAUCAACAUCAGUAAAAAAGGGGAAGAAGAACACGUUAAGCCCCCUUUGCCCAUUUAGUUUAUUUAUUAACAUAUUUCAACAAUGAGAUGAGUUUUAUAAUUUAGAGAAGUGAGAGUAUUUAUUUUUGGUGUGCUUGGCUCUCUGUGGAGGAUCCCUGGUGGUGCAGUGGUUGAAGCACCCCACUGCCACCCAAGAGGUUUGGACACGCCAGCCAUUCCACAGAAGAAACGCGUGGCAGUGUGCUUCCUUAUAGAUGUGCUACUGCCCUGGAAACCCUCUGGGGCAGGCCUGCUGUCGCUGGGAUUGAUUUGAGGGUAGUAGGUUUGGUUGUCUCUCUGAAGGGGUGUAUGUGUGUGUGUGUGUGUGUGUGAGAGAGAGAGAGACAGAAAUCUGUAGAGAAGAGUGCACACUUACAGCUUUUGUUCAAGUGCACAGAGAUAAAUAUGUUUUAAAACGAUCCACCAGAGCAGUGUCUGUUGUUCCCAGAGAAGUCGUCAGCAAUCUGAUUCAGAAAGCAGAUACCAUGGGCUUCAAGAGCCCAUCUCUUCCACAUCUGGCUCUUGGUGAGGCUCCCGUCAGUCAGGAGAAGAGCCAAACUCCCCCGUGGUGGCUGUGGCUCAGGCCUGGGCUGUCUGUUCUGCCGCUGCAAAAGGCCCGUGUGCAGACGUUAUUCAGGGCCAGAAGCACUUAGGAGCCCCCAUCAGAAUGUGCCCACACCUACUUUUAGAAGUUCGGCUCUUUCAGUAAUUAAUUUCCUUAAGGAUCCCUGGGUUGGCGUUAUUACGUUUCCUCUGCAGCACCCAUCCUCUGCAGGGUGCCAUCGUUGCAUACAGAGCUAAGAGGAGGCUGUUUGCAAGACAGCCCACCUUCACCCUUAGGGACUGACUUGCUCAGCACUGAACACCUCAGACAUGCUGUGGGUGACCAGUAGAAUGGUGGGUUUUACUACAUCUCUUCCUGCUUCUUCCUUCCUACCGUUUCCUUUAGGUAGGGAACACAUUUUAAAUAAUAAAUAGGUUUUUUACCAUCAUAUGUCAUAUAGGUGAAACUAAUGUUUUUAAGUCAGAAAAAGUAGCCAAACCAGAAGUUAUAUUUGAGGGGGAAAUGGCCCAGCCAGUAUAUUAUAGUAUAUCGGACAUAUAUAUGCUCAUGCAAGAAUUCGGUUUAUUGCUUUGUAAAUAAAAGAAGAGAUUCUGUA